UCACCAUAUUUGGUCAUUGAACGAGCUGUUGAUUGACAGCGGGCAGCAGCUGCUGAGUUGCUCAGACAUGGCGGAGGGUACAGUGUAACUGAGGAUCCGCGGCGGAGUUAACGUGAGUUUCCCCAGCAGUUUCGUCGGCAAAGCGCGCCUGAAAUGAUACGGACGGAGAGAAAAAUGCAUUCGGCGAAAGCGUACUCCGAGGGGAAGCAGAAAACGAGCUGAACUGCUACACGUCAGUAAGAUGGAAAAAUGUAUCGCUGUUUAGUGCAGUCAACAGCCUUGGGCAACAAAUAUGGCUUCUUGUGCCUUUUUCAACAUGCUGUAAAGCUUGAUCUCCCGUGCAAGCUGAUGCCGUGGUGGCUCUGGCGAACUUCUGCCAGCCGCGGUGAGUUCACUUCUGUAAUCGCUCGGUACUUUUGAUCGGUAGGGGAUCGUCCAUCCACUGGCUUGGUCGUCUGGGUUAGCUGGGGGAAAGCUACGGAAACUACAGCGGAGGGAGCAAUGGAGCCAAAGCACAAAGAGUUGCUAGACCAGUGCCACCAGAACUUACUGGAGUCCAUAACAGAUGCGGAUCGAGUUAUCGAGCUGCUGAUAGUCUCCGGUACCUUAAGCCAGCUCGACAAGUUCGAGCUGGAGCAGAACUGUUCGUCCAGCGCCGAGAAAGUCGACCACCUUUUGAAGAUGCUGACGAACAAGGAGAGCGACCAUUUCCUCGACCUGUGUGUGGCCCUGGAGAAGGCUUACCCUGACCUGUACGCUGCCCUGUUCAGCAACAACGGCGGGGGACCUGUGGACCACUCCACUGGGUCCACAUACAGCGUUCUGUCCACCAUGCCAUCUGACUCAGAAAGCAGUAGUUCUCUCAGCAGUGUUGGUUCACCCGUUAAUGGUGAAGCAUCCUCCCCUCCCCCAGCGAUUAAUGACAACCGACACGCCAGUGACAACCUGGACACCGUCUUACUGCAGCUCCGCCAGGUGACCAGGGAGCGAGAUGAGCUUCGCAAGCGUCUGGCGUUGGCAUCGCCUGGGACCACCUUCGAUGACUGCAGGCCGAAUCCCAAAGCCAGCCAUGACUAUGAGCGUCUAAAAAGUCAGUGCAUGAGAGCCAUGGCAGAUCUGCAGUCGCUCCAGAACCAACACACCAAAACGCUGAAGAGAUGCGAGGAGGCUGUAAAGGAGGCGGACUUUUACCACAUGCUGCACAGCCGUGUACUGGGCGACCAGGCUCAGCUGAAGGAGGAAAUGGAAACACUCAGGAGGGACAAUGCCCAGCUUGUUCGAGAACACAAUCACCUAAAACAGAACUGCGAGGAGCUCAAGCGACUGCACGGUCAAGACCAACAAGAACUGGCUGAUCUUCGACUGCAGCAACAGCAGGUAAUGAGAGAGAAGGGCUCGUCUGAGGUUUUAAACAAGCUGUACGAAACAACUAUGGACAAGCUUGAGGUUGUAAAGAAAGACUACGAUGCCCUGAGCAAACGCUACAGCGAGAAGGUGGCCAGUCAUAACACUGACCUGAGUCGUCUGGAGCAGGCUGAGGAAGAGAACCGGAGGUUGCAGAAGCAGUUGGAUGCAUUGCUUAAACAGCGAGACUCAGCCAUGCACUACCAGCAGCAGUACUCCACCUCAGUGAGGAGGUUUGAUUCAGUGCAGCAGGAGCUGAACAAGUCCUCUGCUCAGAACAAAGAGCUGCAGCGAGAGAUGGAGCGGCUGCAGUCAGAAGUGACGCGCUACAAGAACCUGCAGCUGAAGGCGGCCAAGGACUGCGAGAAGUUUAAGGAGGAGAGGGACUCCGUGUUCAACGAGUAUCGCCUCAUCAUGAGCGAGAGGGACCAGGUGAUCAAGGAGCUGGACAAGCUGCAGACUGAGCUGGAGGCAGCUGAAGCUCGACUGAAGAACACUUCAUCAGAGAGGGUCGUGGCCAGUGAGGAGUUGGAGGCACUCAAACAGGAGUUGAAUUCAUCGCUGGUGGACCGUGACAGAGCCAUCUGCGAGAGAAACGAGCUACUGGAGAAGUACUGCCACGAAGUGAAGGACAAAGCAGAGGCCCAAAAGGAGCUGAGCCAGGCUUGCAAAGACAUCGAGAUGGUCCGGGAGGAGAGGGACGUGGCCCGGAAGGAGAGGACUGAGGCCAUCAUUCAAAGGGAUCAGCUUCUCCGAGAAUACUAUCAGGCCAGACAAAAACAAGACUCUGCGACCCUGGACAUGGAACGAGCCAAUAAGGAGAUUGAGGUGCUGAGGAAGCAGUAUGAGGCCAUGUCACAAGAGCUGAAGGAGGCCACUCAGGAAGCAGAGGUGGCCAAAUGUCGAAGGGACUGGGCCUUCCAAGAGAGGGACAAAAUAGUGGCGGAGAGGGAGAGCAUAAGGACUCUGUGUGACAACCUACGGCGAGAGAGGGACCGGGCAGUCAGCGAUCUGGCCGAUGCCCUGCGUAACUUGGAUGAUAUGAGGAAACAGAAGAACGACACACUGCGAGAGCUCAAAGAAUUAAAGGAAAAGAUGGAGAACCAGCUUGAGAAGGAGGCUCGGUUCUGUCAGCUGAUGGCCCACAGCUCUCAUGACUCUGCCAUUGACACAGACUCCCUGGAGUGGGAGACAGAGGUGGUGGAGUUUGAGAAAGACAGGGAUGACAUGGAUUUGAAGGCGCUCGGGUUUGAUAUUGCAGAGGGGGUAAAUGAUCCGUAUUUACCAGGAGAGUGUGGAUUAUUUGUUACAAGAGUGGAUAAAGGAAGUAUAGCAGAUGGAAGGUUAAGAGUGAAUGAUUGGUUGCUGAAGAUUAAUGACAUCGACUUAACCAAUAAGGACAGGAAGCAGGUGAUGAAGGCUGUCCUUAACGGAGGAGGGUUGAUCAAUAUGGUGGUACGAAGAAGGAAAUCUCUGGGAGGACGGCUGGUUACUCCUGUUCACAUCAACCUUAUGGGACAUAAAGACAGUGGUAUUGGUCUGGAAAGCGGGGUGUUUGUUACCACUGUCGUCCAGGGAAGUCCUGCAGCCAGGGAGGGCUCUCUCACAGUUGGAGACAGACUGAUCGCUAUCAAUGGAAUUGCUCUUGAUAACAAGUCUGUGACAGAGUGUGAGGCUCUGCUGAGAAGCUGCAGAGACUCUCUUAGUCUUUCGCUCAUGAAGUUUUUCCCUCACAGCACAUCUGGCCAGAACAUCUAUGAGGGCCUGCGUGACUCAUCAGAGAAGUCCAACGGGUGCGUUCACUUGUCAGAGAUCCACUCCAGGAACAGCCGCAACCUCAAACACAACAGCUCGACACAGACCGACAUCUUCUGCCCCGACUUUGGAAGCGCCAGCACGAGCAGCAUCUCUGGGGAGAGGAGGAAGGUCAGAGGUGAAUCUGAUGAUUUGUACGGCGACAUAAGCAAGCCGUUCUCCACAGGUUCUCUUCAUGCCACUAGUCUUCGACCGGUGACAGACUUGGGGACCGGCCGCUAUGGGCCCAGUGCUUUCCAAGAGUGCUGUUCAUAUGUGAAGGGUCCUUCCUCUUUGCCCUUUGAGCCCGUUUCGCCCUCUGACUGUAACAGUGUGGAAACCACUUUGGAGAAAAAGCACAGCGGUGGCACGUGGCCCAAAAUGAUGGUAGGGAGUAUGUUGGUGGCACCAGACAAUUCCAGCCCGGUCACAGCAGUCACGCCACUCUCCAUCUAUAAAUCACCCAAGCAGAGGAAGUCCAUCUUUGACCCAGACACUUUCAAACGCCCCGAAACACCUUCCUCUAAGAUGGAGUACAUGGCAGCCAAUCAGAUUGCAGCAGUAGCCGCCGCCGCUUCUCACUCCCCGCAGCCUUCAAAGACCGAGUCCCUCUCUUCCUCUUCCACACCCACCCCGACCCCUCCAACCCCACCCACUCGCAGUGACUCCUUCAAAUUCAAACACAAGCAUCAAAGCAGCUCCGCUUCCGACUGCACGAUCACCUCCGAGGGCAAAGGGGAGUCUGCCACCUCCAUGGCAGCAGGGGAGAGCAGAGAGAGGAGUGAGCGCGAGCGAGACAGGAACGGAAACCACUAUUUCCUGGAAGGAAAGGUCUUGACCUCAAGGAAGUCAUGUGACGAGGACAUUGGUCGCACCAGAGGGGAGGAGCCGGAGGUGAAGAGACCGCGCCCUAAAUCUGCUCCUGCGCUUCGGCGUAAGAUGACCCCUCAGACCAUCACUUUCCCCACCUUUCAGAGCUACUCCAACGACGAGCAUUCACCAGAGCCCAGGGACAUGCUGCGUUCCUCCCCCAGCCGCUCUCAUAGACACAGUGUCGGCUUUGUCCCCACACACUACAGUGGCAGCCUACCUCCAAAUUCAGCCCACCGUGGACUGUCUCCCUGCCCCGCAGUGACAGCCGUGAUGAGGAAUCCAGUAUAUACCGUGCGCAGUCACCGUGUUCAUACCAGCAACUGUCCAUCUGUAGCAUCUCAGAUAUGUCACCAGCAAACCCAUACCAGCCCACAACACCAGGGUCGUCUGAGCCUGGAUCUGAGCCAGCAGAAGCGAUCAAACGACUACUCAGAAUCGUCCUCGUCACGAAGCAGCAGAGCAUCACACGGUACAAACUCACUGCCCUCCAGCGCACGGCUCGGUUCUUCCAGUAACGUUCAGUAUCGCGCAGAGAGGAUCAAAAUCCCCUCCACACCCCGUUAUCUCCGCUCCAUGCUGGGUUCAGACAGAGGCUCCCUCUCGCACUCUGAGUGUAGCAGUCCCAGCCUCAUCACGCCUCCACAGUCGCCGCUCAAUCUGGAGACUUCCUCGUUUGCCAGCACCCAAUCACAAAGCUCUGUUUCAACCCUACCUCGGAUCUCAGUCAGUCCCGUGCCGAUGGGGGAGCGCAGGAAGGACAGAUCUCUUUAUCGUAAUCGCUCUUUUCUAAGGAUUCCUCUGGCUGCAAGGCCGAGGUUCUCCUCUCUCAGGAGCCUCAGACCAUACUUGGAGGAACCACGCAAUGUCAUUGUGCACAAAGGUGCAGAGCCUCUGGGCAUCUCCAUCGUCAGCGGGGAGAACGGAGGAAUCUUUGUCUCUAAAGUUACUGGAGGCAGCAUCGCCCACCAGGCGGGGUUGGAGUAUGGAGACCAAUUACUGGAGUUCAACGGUAUUAACUUGCGGAACGCAACAGAGCAGCAAGCCCGUCUCAUCAUCGGCCAGCAGUGUGACACCAUCACCAUCAUGGCUCAGUACAACCCACACAUGUACCAGCUGGGUAACCACUCUCGCUCCAGUUCUCGUCUUGAGCCGGUCAGUUCUCAGUCAACUCCGCAGGGAAGCGGGACGCCUACUCCUGACAAUCACUCUGCCAUCGAUACGCUCAGCGAGCAGGACGAAGGCACACUCACGCCUUCAUCCAAACAGACCACACCCACCACCAGCCCUCACAAUUUCAUCAGAAUGCCAUCAGAGGGCAGCAGGAAGGUGGGAGAACCUCGGCUCGUCACGGUGCGAAGGCCCGGGGUGGAAGUGGGAGUCAUGCUCUGCGGGGGCAACCUGCAAGGCGUCUACAUAGAGAGUCUGGAUGAGGACAGUCCUGCCAGAGGUCCUGAUGGGCUUCUUCCUGGGGACCUCAUCCUGGAGUACAACUCGGUGAAUAUGAAGAAUAAGACGGCAGAAGAGGUGUACGUUGAGAUGCUGAAGCCUGCAGAGACGGUCACUUUGAAGGUGCAGCAUCGGCUCGAUGACUUCAACGUGAUCAAAGACGUUCCUGGAGAUGGCUUUUAUAUUAGAGCACUUUACGACAGGGUGGGGGAGGCUGAAGGCGACCUCAGUUUCAAAAAGGAUGACAUCCUUUACGUGGACGAGUCUUUACCAAAGGGGAGCUUUGGGACCUGGAUGGCAUGGCAGCUAGAUGAGAACGCACAGCAGAUCCAGAGAGGACAGAUCCCCAGCAAGUACAUGAUGGACCAAGAGUUUUAUCGCAGACACAGUGUGACAGAAAUGAAGGAAGACUCCAGUAAAACGCUCUCUGCAGCAGCCCGCAGAUCCUUUUUCAGGAGGAAACAGAAACACAAACGCAGCAGCUCCAAAGACAGUAAAGAGAUGGUGGCUCUGGACACCAUCAGCACCGAUUCCAUCCCAUUCUUUGAUGAUUGUGUGAGCCUGGCAUAUCAGCGGGUCCAGAAGGUGGAGUGCGCCUCUCCUCGACCAGUACUCGUACUCGGGCCUCUCUCUGACCCGGUGAAGGAGAUGCUGGUUAAAGAGUCUCCUGGGAAGUUCUGCAGAUGUGUGCUUGAGGUGAUGAAGGCCUCCCAGCAAGCCAUCGAGCGCGGUGUCAAAGAUUGCCUCUUUAUCGACUACAAGCGCAGGAGUGGACAUUUUGAUGUGACCACCGUAGCUUCGAUAAAAGAAAUAGCAGAUAAGGGCUGUCACUGUUUGCUUGACAUUGCCCCACACGCCAUUGAAAGACUCCACAGCGUUCACAUUUAUCCUAUUGUCGUCUUCAUUCGCUACAAAAAUGCCAAGCAGAUAAAGGAGCAGAAGGAUCCUAUUUAUCUGCGGGACAAGGUUUCUCAAAAACAUUCCAAGGAGCAAUUUGAAAGUGCGCAAAAAAUAGAGCAAGAGUACAGCAAAUUCUUCACAGGUAUUGUCCAAGGUGGCACCCUCCAAUAUAUUUGCACUCAGAUCAUCACUAUAGUUGAUCAAGAACAAAGUAAAGUCCUGUGGACUCCACUUGGCUGCCCCUAGAGGAGACCGGCUGCCACUACAGCGAGCUCUGCCUCUCAUCUCCAUUCCCCAAAACACUAAUUAACUCUUUCACACUACACCAAUAGGUACACUACAUUGAGCUAGUUGUGUAAAUUAUUGAUAUAUAUAUUUUUUAAUUUCG